UAGACCUCUGAGGAGCCCAAACUUUCCAGUAGCACCACAGGCAGCUGCUGCACAAAGACAGACAGAAAGAGGGACAGCUAGAUGAAUAUCAAUUAAAACAGAAGAAAAGUAGUUCAAGCUAACAUUUGGCUCUUUUAAAAUAUUUAAAGCUAAGAUAACUUAGUGAAGUUUUUUCUAUUCAGUUUUAUAUUUAUAUCUUUAUUGGAGAGGGCCCUUUGUGUGGAAAAAAGAGAAAAUGACGAGCCUGCUGUGCAUUACAAUGAUCUCCCUGACCCUGGCUGGCAGUGCAUACAGUAGGCCCUCACCACCAACAGAUAAGGCUUUUGCUGACCUAGGUGGCAACGUCACCCUGCCCUGUCGGCUCCUGUCCAAAGACGCCAUGUUCUUUGGUACCAUUGGUAUCCGAGUCAAAUGGACCAAGGUGGCAGAUGAUGAAGCACUGAGUGAGGAUGUGCUGCUUUCAAUGGGUUUCCACCAGAAAACCUACGGAAGCUUUGAGGGCCGUGUCUUUCUGCAGGAGCACGACAGUGAAGAUGCCUCCCUAAUAAUAACUGAUGUCUCCAUGGCUGACAUGGGAAAAUACCGCUGUGAGAUAAUCAAUGGGGUGGAAGAAACCGUGCAAGAUAUUACUUUGGAAGUGCAAGGCGGUCUUAUUGAUGGUGUUGUGUUCCCAUACUCCCCCCCUGUGGGCCGCUACAACCUGAACUUCCCCAAAGCUAUGCAGGCCUGUCAGGGACAGGAUGCUUCUGUCGCCACCUUUGACCAGUUGUUUGAGGCCUGGAAGGGCGGCCUGGACUGGUGCAAUGCUGGCUGGCUGAAUGAUGGCACAGUACAGUAUCCCAUUACCAAACCCAGACAGAAUUGUGGAGGCACCAAAAACGGGCCUGGCGUCAGAAGCUAUGGCCGUCCUGACAAACAAAUAAGCCGCUUUGAUGUGUUCUGCUUUGCUUCUGAAUUCAACGGACGUUUCUAUUGGCUGGUCCAGCCCGACAGGCUGACCUUUGACGAGGCUGUGCAGGCAUGCAUAGACGAUGGUGCAGAGAUUGCCAAGGUGGGCCACAUUUACUCCGCCUGGAAGCUUGAGGGUUACGAUCGCUGCGAUGCUGGCUGGUUGGCUGACGGAAGUGUGCGCUACCCCAUUGCCAGGCCCCGCAAGAACUGCAGCCCCACAGAAGCUGCAGUGCGCUUUGUUGGAUUCCCAGACAAGAUGCAAAAGUCUUACGGCGUCUACUGCUACAAGGCUGACCAGUGAGGUGGUAGGUAGCAGUAAGGAAGCCAUAAUCACCAAAGAGCAACAACAACCACAACCAAUAAAAUCCACAAUAAAGCAGACAAGCUUUGGAUCUUAACUAGCAUGAGCUCAAUACUUUUUUGAAACUGUGAUAACCCUCCUUAACUUCUAAAAACAAAUACUGUACAUCUUACUUCCAAAUGCAAUGAAUGACAAAAUAGUUGUAGCCAUUAAGUUUUGUUUUUCUCUAACUGUGCAUUCAUUAAUUUUACAGAGCCUGUUGGGGAAAAGGCAACAGUGUUAAUGUAUGAGUGAUAUGACAGAGACCAGAACUUGAUGAUUGUAAAACAUGAUCUAAGUUUGGUUUGACCUCCACAUAAUGAUUAGAUAUGUGAAGUUUAAGAUUUAGAGCAUUUAUGCUCAUGUGCAGAUGAUAUUUGCUGCUUUAAAAUGUAUCUAAAGAACAAAACAAUGUAACAUGUUAUUCAUUUAUCAAGUAUCACAUAAAUACAAUACCUUAGAUAGAUAACAAAGUCAUGAACAUAACUACCACUGUUGAGCUAUGAAUAUAAACAUGUUUUACUGCAGUAAGUAUUCAAUUGGAUCCCUCUCUCUUUUAACCUGUGGAGUUGUGAUCAAAUUUACAGUUUAACAGGAAAAUGAAUGUAAAUGUAUUGAUGGACUGUGAAUUUUUCUGCAUUGAUAGCUCCCGUCAGAUCAACUUCCAAUUACAAUUUGAAAGAUAUUGUAACCUUUUUUUUGUUUGUCACUAUAGUUUUAUGUGUGUAAUAUUCUUUUUAAAGAAGAAAAAUACAGAUUCUGACAAUUGCAGAUUUGUAGUUUUUAGAAAACAAUAAAAAAGCCAGAUAGUGACUGCAGAUUAAAUACAGAUCUUCCCCUUUGCCCUGAACACAACCUUUUUCUAAAAACAUACCUGUGAUUGUCUUGUCUUGACAGUUUUAGCAAUUCUGUAAGAUAUACAAUACAUCCAAUACUACAGUAGUUACAAUUGCAACGGACGUUGUCGGGGCUGAAAUCCACAAUGACAGCAGUGACAGUUUCACAAAUUCUUACUGAGGUUGUGAGCUGUAAAUGGUACAUUUCCACUAGCACUCUAUUGUUUUAAAGACCUGAGUAGUACUGACGAUCACUCAUAACUAAUAGUCAUGCUGUAGUGAUCUGAAUACAUGUUUGGGAAUAAAAGAUCAAAGCCAACAGAAAACCAUAACAAUAGUGUCCUGUGGACCACAGUGAGAAUGUUUUGGACAUACAGAGCUGUUAAUCUAAAGGUGUGCCAUAAUCAGAAGAUAGCAACCUUUUUAGGUAUCCGUUACAAUAUGAUAUUUGUGUUAGACUUUUUCUAAUCCUGGGCACUGACAUAUGGUACUUACUGCAGGUUGUAGUAAUAUGGUGAUGCAUUGUUUAUAAAAGCAAAACUUAAAAAUGUCUCUCACACUUGUGCAUUUGUAUACACUUGUGCAUUAAAAAACAUUUUUGUAUCGUAUCACCAUGUACCUUUUUCAACAAAGCAGUUUGAAAUAAAGAAUACGACUUUUAAAU